CGGAUGUAUUGUAUCAGAAUAGAUCUAGACUACACACAGAAACUGGAUUUACUGUGGCUCUCCAAGUCUUCUUUCUAUUUUCUAUUGUUGACUGAUGACCAUAAACAAAACCAUGUCUUCAUCAUCUCAAAGUCCAGAUAUGACCCCUUUCGCUGAGCCUCUCUGGCACACCCGCCCAACAGAAGUAUAUUACAAUGAAUCUCAUCGACGGCUCAGAGACACUAUCCGAGCGUACAUAUCAGAAAAAAUCACGACAAACUGCGCGGAGUGGGAGGAGCAGGGCUUUGUACCAAAAGAUGUAAUUUUCGGUCCCUACAGUCGCUAUAUCCUUGAUAUGCGAGAGAACCACUAACAAUAUCUAUCCACUUUCAGGUCCUCUUAGAGCAUUCUCGUCGAGGGUACACAGCCGUGACUGUCAACCCAGCAGCCAUCGCUCCUUAUAUGGGAAAUAUCAAGCUGCCCGGCGGCAUCAGACCGGACCAAUGGGAUGCAUUUCAUGAUCUCGUUUGUAUCGACGAAAUCGCUCGAUGUGGUUACCUGGGUGUAAUUUUGGCUCUGGGAUGUGGAGACGCGAUUGGACUUCCGCCAGUCAUCAAUUUCGGCACCGAGGCACAGAAAAAGGAGUUUUUGCCUAAGGUUAUUAAAGGACAAAGCAGAUUUUGUCUUGCGGUCACUGAAGUUGAAGCUGGGUCUGAUGUGGCAAAUAUCACAACAACAGCAGUGCGUAAAGGCGAUGUAUAUGUCGUCAACGGAGCCAAGAAAUGGAUCACAAAUGGUAUCUGGGCAACACAUUGUACUGCGGCGGUACGAACAGGUGGGCCUGGCAAAGGUGGAAUCUCGGCGCUCGUCAUCUCCUUGACGAGCAAAGGUGUUAGUCGAAGAAAGAUUUUGAAUUCGGGUGUAGCUGCCAGUGGAUCGACAUACAUUGAGUUUGAUGAUGUCGAAGUCCCCGUGACAAACCUUCUUGGGAAAGAAAAUCAAGGGUUCAAAAUCAUCAUGUCGAAUUUCAAUCACGAACGGCUGUGGCUUGCAUGUACCAGCCUCAGAAUGGCGAGAGUCUGCCUCCAGGACGCAUAUAGCUAUGCUCUGUCUCGACACACAUUCGGCAAAGCACUGAUCAAUCACCAAGCAAUCCGUACCAAGUUCUCGCUUAUGGCAGGGAGCAUUUUGCCUGCCCAUGCAUUCAUGGAAUCCUUAGUAGCGCUUUCAAACACACUGCCAAGUUCCAACACAAACAGCAGGAGUACGCCUGUCGCGACCGAACAAGUACAAAUAGGGGGGUUGAUAGCAUUAUUGAAAGUCACUGCUGCCCGGGCACUCGAGCAAGCCGUGCGUGAGGCUCAGCAGGUGAUGGGUGGAUUGGGAUACUCGAGGACUGGAAAGGGAGCACGUAUUGAGCAGAUCAGUCGUGAUAUGAGAGUUAUGGUUGUUGGUGGAGGAAGCGAGGAGAUUUUGACAGAGUUGGCUUUCGCUCAGGAAGGAAAGGAUGUAGCUGUUAUCGCUGGUCGUGUACAAAGCAAACUCUGAAAUAGCUCGAGCGGGAAGUAAUUAGCCUCCGAGUCUUGGCGAUACAGAGCUGUCCUAGAAUUCAUCUUGGGUAAGACAGAGGCUCAUCGUCUAGUCCGUGACAUUUUUGGCGUUUUGUUGUUGACGAUGAAGGGUCUCCAGUGGAGUACCAGAUUUCAGGGCGGUCAAUUGUAGUACGUUACACGCUCCAGAAGCUCGAGUAUUACAGGUCAAAGUCUGAAACAUGGCCAGCUUUGUCUUCGGAACAUGGAGCUUCAUACUCCAAGGAGACGCUUCGUGUAAAUGCUUAGGCCCCGUUAUUGAUAUUUGGCUUGCCGGGUGUGCCUCGAUCAAAGUCUAAGGGAUUAGUUCCAUCUCUUCAUCGAAGAAUCCAAAGUCAAUAACUCUCAAUACGGCCUCAUG